UGGGAGUUGGCUGAGACGGAAGCGGGGCGAAGCAGAACCAAGCCCAGAAUCGACAAGACCGACGGCUGCAACUGGACCCAGUCGCCAGGAGAUAAAAUUCCGAGAGCCCACAAGCCCACUGGUACCAGCCGAAGUGUUUUUCAACAAAGUUUAUUCACUUUUACAAACUCGCCUCGCUAACUGCUAACCGCUAGUUAGCCUGCGUGCUAACAGGGAAGUGCGGGUGACAGCUGACUUUGGGUCUCUUUUCGUCUCGAACAGCAGAAGAAGAAGAUGAGCGGAGGAAUGAACAGCGUUGAUGCAGUAAAGAAGAAGAUCAAGGUCCUUCAGUCGCAGGCGGAGGAGGCUGAGGAGAGAGCAGAGAAACUGCAGCGACAGGUGGAUGAGGAGAAGAGGACCAGGGAGCAGGUGGAAUGUGAGGUUUCCAACCUGAACCGGCGCCUGCAGCUCAGUGAGGAGAAUCUGGACCGAGUUCAGGAAAGACUGACGGCCUCGCUGAGCAAGCUGGAGGCCAUGGAGAAGGUUGCAGACGACAGUGAGAGGGAGAAGAAGGUGAUCGAGAACCGAGCACUGAAGGACGAGGAGAAGAUGGAGCUGCUGGAGGUUCAUCUCAGAGAAGCCAAACUGAUCGAAGACGAGGCCAACCGCAAGUACGAGGAGGUGGCCCGCAAACUAGCGAUGGUGGAGGGAGAACUGGAACGAGCCGAAGCACGGGCAGAGCAGUCCGAGAGUAAAGUUCGGGUGUUGGAGGAGCAACUCGGAUCUUAUGACCAGUCACUGAAGUCCCUACAGGCAUCCGAGUACAAGUACUCUCUGAAGGAGGACCGCUACGAAGAGGAGAUCAGGAGCCUCCGGGACAAACUGAAGGAGGCCGAGAGCAGAGCGGAGUCUGGAGAACGCUCCGUCGCCAAGCUGGAGAGGACCGUUGAUGAUCUGGAGGAAUCUUUGACUUCAGCCCGAAACGCCAACAUGGAACUUCAGGCCACUCUGAACCAGACCAUGGAGGAGCUCAACUCCUGCUGAACCUCCUCACCCCGCGGCCAAACCCCUCCCGCUGCUCCCCCCCCUCCCCCCAUCUCCUCCGUCCCCCGCCUUCUCUCCAUGAUAUUCCUGCUCGAACAUUCCUACCGUCCUCUGUCGGUGCCAAGCGCUCCUGCGCGCCCCCCAGUGGAGGAAGACCAGGCCAAGAGAUGCAGGUGCUCGUGUCCAAUAAGGGAUUCUAACGCUCACAUUCCUCGUUAACUAACGGCCCACUAACUGUCACCAUAGUCGAUUAACAAUCUGUUUGUGCUGAUCAAUGUCUGUUGUGGGUUCCUGGUCCCAGUCAUCAGCCAAUCAGAGAGCCAUUCCAGGAGCAGAGACACGCCCUGCCUUUUUUUUUUUUACUGCUGAUUUUGACCUGAUGAAUAAAUAAAGUUAAAACAAAAUUCUACCUGGUAACUGGUGAUGUCAUCACUGAUGAUGUCAUCACUUAUUGUGAUGCAUCAUGAUGCGAUUUAAAAAAAAUAAAGUCAUUGAUUUACAGAACAAACCUGGACUUGACUGU